AUGGACCAAGAUGUUGGCACGGACACACUUGUUCCAGCAAUGGAUGGUACCAACACUGAGUCAGGCAUGAUGCAAGUACCGUUGUCCAAGUGCCAAUUGAUUGCCGCAAGCAUGGCAGACGUACUUGCAGCCAAGAACCUCUUUGGAGUCCAUCCAUGA